AUAAAAGGAAUCUUACCUUAUUAUAAUGUUUUUCAUUUUAUUCUAAAUAUUUUUUAUUAUUAUUUGUUCUCCACCAUGAAAAGCCUAAAAUCAUGUUGAAGACCAAUAUCUGUUCCUGUCUUGUUCUUGCAACACUUUUAUUUUGGCCCUUAUAACUAUUUUCUUCUACUCAAAGGGGCAUGCAUGCUAGCUUUUCCAGCUUCCUUUGUUUUCUCAGGCAUGAAUUUGUUCCAAGGGGCUCGGAUUAUUAUAACCAAAACAGAUCAGUAGUUGCAGUAUCUUCUUGUUGAGUUUUGCAAAAUUGUGCUUCCAUUUUGGAUUGUUUUCCCCGAAAGUUAGGAUAUUUUGUUCUAGUUGGAUCCUAUUAGCUCUAUUUUGUAUCAGAAGAUGCCUCCUACAUACUUUCCUCUUCGCUGGGAGAGCACUGGAGACCAAUGGUGGUAUGCUUCUCCUAUUGAUUGGGCAGCUGCUAACGGCCACUAUGACUUGGUUAGGGAGCUUCUUCGCAUUGACAGCAAUCACCUUAUCAACCUCACCUCUCUCAGGCGAAUUCGCCGCCUUGAGACUGUGUGGGAUGAUGAAGCACAGUUUGAUGAUGUUGCCAAAUGUCGUUCCAAGGUUGCUAGGAAACUGUUUCUUGAGCGUAAAUCCAAGAGUGGAAAGAAUUCUCUGAUUAGAGCUGGUUAUGGUGGAUGGCUUAUAUACACUGCUGCCUCGGCUGGGGACUUGGGCUUUGUUCAAGAACUUCUAGAAAGGAACCCACUCCUUGUUUUCGGAGAAGGGGAAUAUGGUGUUACUGAUAUACUUUAUGCUGCAGCCAGGAGUAAAAACUGUGGUGUUUUCAGGCUAGUCUAUGAUUUCGCUGUAUCUCCGCGGUUUUUGACAGCAAAAGGUGGAGAGUUUGAGGAGAACAUUGGGGAUAUUCCUUCUGUUUACAGGUGGGAGAUGAAGAAUAGAGCCCUUCAUGCUGCUGCUAGAGGAGGAAAUUUGAAGAUCUUGAAGGAGCUUCUCGGUGAUUGCACCGAUGUUCUGGCUUUUAGAGAUAAGCAGGGCUCAACUAUCUUACAUGCAGCUGCUGGUAGAGGCCAGGUUGAGAUAGUGAAAGAUAUUAUAGCAUCAUUUGAUGUCAUCAACUCCACAGACCAUCAAGGCAACACAGCAUUGCAUGUUGCAGCCUACAGAGGCCAACUAGAUGUGGUUGAAGCACUGAUUUUUGCAUCUCCACCUCUGAUCUCCUUAAGAAACAGUGCCGGAGAAACUUUUCUCCACACAGCAGUCUCUGGUUUCCAAACUCCUGCUUUUAGAAGAUUAGACCGACAGGUUAAGCUCAUGAAGCAGUUGGCUUGUGGGACAAUUUCCAACAUUGAAGACAUCAUCAAUACCAAAAGCAAUGAUGGAAGAACUGCUCUUCACAUGGCCAUCAUUGGGAAUGUUCAUUCUGAACUGGUGCAACUCUUGAUGUCUGCUCCAUCGAUUAAUAUAAACAUGCGUGAUAAUGAUGGCAUGACUCCACUUGAUCUCCUCAAGCAACGACCACAUUCUGCUUCAUCAGAUAUACUAAUCAGACAUUUGAUUUCAGCUGGGGGAAUAUUUGGAAGCCAGGAUUAUUCUGCACGAAGAGCCAUUGCCACCCACUUAAGGAUGCUAGGGAAUGGAAGCAGUCCCGGAACUUCAUUUAGAAUCUCUGACACAGAAAUAUUCUUGUAUACAGGCAUUGAUAUUGAUGGCAAUGUUGCUGAUCCAGGUAGUGGAAGAAUAAGUCCAUCUUCAACAGAACUGAAUCAAUUUGAGAACCAAAGCUCAUCAGUUGAUAAAAAACCAAGUUCAGUAAACAUUGCAGCACAACGACUGAAACGUGUCUUCCACUGGCCCAAACUGAAAGAGAGAAAGAAAUCAGUAGACGAAGGCUCAGUGGAAACAUACAAGAAAUGUAACACAUCAGAUGAAACUCCAACUCCGCUGCGACAGAGAUUUUCGAAGCCUUUAUCAGCUCCUAACCACAAAAGGACACUAUCAGUGAGGAGCAACCAAUCGAGCCCGACUGCCAAGAAGAAGUUUGCUUCAGGAAUAUUGCAUGGAGUUGUACAGGCCAUGCCACAAGUAACUGUUCCAGGUCGCUCCCGUUCAAGUUCCUUUUCAAAAUCAUCCAUAUCUUCUCCCAAUUCAAUGGAUAAACAAAAGGGUGUUUUCAUUGACAAUGAAGUUGCUGGACCAUCUUGCUCCAAUCAACUAUUUGAUGAUGAAACACCAAAUACAAUUCGGAAACAAGACUCCAAGAGGUUGAAGAGCCAGUACUUCUGCUUCGGUGGAUCAGGCCUGAAUGUGAAAACGCCAGUGAGCAGGCCACGACAGAACCAGAACAUCAGUCCUUCCAUUGUCUCAGUGGCUUGAGAGGCAGCUGCGUCGAUCAUAUGAACAAUAAACUUACUAACAUAGAAAAGGCUAAGCAAGUUCUUGCAUAAUAUGUGAAAGUUUAUGUACUUGUUAGUUCAUUGUCUGUCCAAAUUAAGUUUCAUGUUGUACUUGAAACAAGUUAGAAAUGUAAUAUGUUUCGUAGUUAGAA